GAAGGUGGAGUCGAGCGCUAGCCCGGGGUUUCCGGCUGAGGCGCCGGACCGGAAGGGAAGCAUGAGUUGGAUUCCGUUCAAGAUUGGGCAGCCUAAGAAACAGAUUGUACCCAAGACAAUUGAGAGAGAUUUUGAACGGGAAUAUGGAAAGCUUCAGCAGUUGGAAGAUCAAACUAAGAAGCUCCAAAAAGAUAUGAAAAAAAGCACAGAUGCAGACCUAGCCAUGUCAAAAUCUGCUGUAAAGAUCUCAUCUGAUCUCUUGUCCAAUCCUCUCUGUGAGCAAGACCCUAAAUUUCUUGAAAUGGUGGUGGCUCUGGAUACAGCAAUGAAAAGGAUGGAUUCUUUUAACCAAGAGAAGGUGAAUCAAAUCCAAAAAACAGUCAUAGAGCCCCUGAAAAAAUUCAGUGGUGUCUUCCCCAGUCUAAAUAUGGCAGUAAAGCGUCGUGAGCAAGUUCUGCAAGAUUACAAACGGCUGCAAUCCAAGGUGGAGAAGUAUGAAGAAAAGGAGAAAACAGGCCCCAUCCUGACCAAGUUGCACCAGGCCCGAGAAGAACUGAGGCCAGUGAAAGAUGACUUUGAGGCCAAGAAUAAGCAACUUCUAGAAGAGAUGCCUAAGUUUUAUAGCAGCCGCAUUGAUUAUUUCAAGCCAAGUUUUGAAUCUCUGAUCCGAGCACAGGUUGUAUAUUACACUGAAAUGCACAAAAUAUUUGGCGAGUUAACAGAACAGAUUGAUGAGCCUGACUUAACAGAUGAGCAGAGAGAAAAAGAGAGCGAGACCAAACUGAAUGAGUUGAGGGCCCUCUCCAUUGUGGCUGAUGACCGACCUCCCGCCUAGAAACCCUCGGCGACAGCUGCUGACGCAGUGGGUGACAAGAGGAAGGAGGCUUGUGCUUCCUGUGUUCUAAAGGCUUGAGCCUCUUCCAUUUAAACCCUUGUUGGUAGCUGUUUUCCUCUGGAGUAGUGUAUUUGCAGCAGCUCUUUAAGUCCUGAAUGUCUUUAUCUGUAUUAAUGACAACAUGGCCUGUGCAGAGAUGUUUGUGAAGUUUGAAAAUUGGAAGGGUUUACCCUUAAAAUGAUUAAUGUACAAGCUUUUUAAUUCAGUCUUUCCAAAAUCAGGGUCCAUCGGGUAUCUGAACUGUGGGUGGUGUGCUCAACUGUAGUUACCAAAGAAAAUGUUAUAACCGAUAAGCUAAUUGGCUAGACAAAUACUUUAUGUUUGAGGAAUGUCAUCCUUGCACUGAAGCCUCAUCCUGUGAGAGGCACUGUCAGGUUUGUGUCUUUGUGGCAUUGAAAGCUGUCUAAAAAUAGUUGCAUCUUUUAAAAACUGAUUGGGACAGUAGUUUAAUCCUACUGAAUGUAAUGUAAUUCUUAUGAGCAUAAAUCAUGAUUUUCAUGAGCAGAAAAGGGCACAGUUUAUAAUUUCGCUUGACAGAAUCUACAUUAAUAUUAUGCCUUGCACUGCACAAGUUUGUAUGGAAUUGCACCAGUACUUAAAAAUUAUUUACAGGGAAA